ACAUUUUGGACUUUGUGAAACACUUUUCAGAAACUUAAAGGGAAGCAACUUUCUAUUCAUCUUUUUUUGUUGCGAAGGUUAAAAUGGGUCAUGGAACUUCAAAAUCAACAUCGUCCGACGAGUCACCGGACGCCGGAGGUUCAAAUUCGAAUCCACCUCCGUCGCAUCGCCACCGAAUCAAGCAGAAACUCCAAUUCCACCAUCGCCCCACCGCUUCCCACCCUUUAACACUCAACACUCACGACGACUUCGCCGGCAUCGCCUUGGUUACUCUCCUUAGUGCGGAGAUGAAUAUUAAGGACAAGUGGCUUGCUUGUAUUUCAAUUGGAGAACAGACGUUUCGAACUCAUGUUUCUGACCAGACCAACAAGCCUGUCUGGAACUCAGAGAAAAAGUUUGUUUUGGAGACAAAUGGUGCUCGCAUCGCAAAAGUAUCAGUUUUUGAGACCAACAGAUUAUCAAAGAACAACCUCGUUGGGUAUUGUGAAAUUGAUGUUCUUGAAUUCCUCAGUCGACAGGUUUCAGAUUCUAAGACUUCGGUGCUUGAGUUAUUUGAUCCAUCAUCAUCCGAUAAACCUGUUGGCAAAAUAUCUGUUUCAUGUUCUAUUGAGGACCCAAUCGAAACGGAGAAAAGUUUUGCAAAACGUAUCUUGUCUAUAGUUGAUUACGAUGCUGAUGGGAAAUUGUCGUUGUCUGAGUUUUCAGAACUAAUAAAUGCAUUUGGCAAUCAAUCGGCAGCAAAGAAGAAAGAAGAGCUCUUUAAAGCAGCUGAUGAAAACGGAGACGGUGUUGUUAGCAUGGAUGAGCUGGCUACGCUUCUCGCUCUACAACAAGAAAAGGAGCCGCUUAUUAACUGUUGUCCUGUUUGUGGGGAGCUUCUUAACAUUUCCGAUAAGUUGAAUUCGUUGAUUCACAUGUCACUAUGUUUCGAUGAAGGCACUGGAAACCAGGUCAUGACUGGAGGGUUUUUAACCGAUAAACAGGCUUCUUACGGGUGGAUGUUUAAACUAUCUGAAUGGGCCCAUGUUUCAUCCUAUGAUGUAGGCUUGAACUCUGGUUCAAGUGCUUCACAUAUUGUGGUUUACGAUCGCGUAAAAAAGAGGCUUGUAGAGGAGAUAAUUGAUGGAAAGAUUGUUUUAUCGAUGAGAGCGAUUUAUCAAUCCAAAGUAGGGCUCGGCAUUAUGGACAAAGGAGCAAAAGAAAUAUUGCAGAGCCUAUCAGAAAAGCAAGGAAAGAAAAUGAAUUCGGUUGAAUCUGCUAAAAACAUACCAGCAUUUCUUGAACUUUUCAAGGAUCAAAUCAAUUUGGCUGAAGUGAAGUACCCUCUGGAUCAUUUCAAGACUUUUAAUGAAUUUUUUAUAAGAGAACUGAAACCUGGAGCACGGCCAAUUGCUUGUGCGGAACGUGAUGAUGUGGCUGUCUGUGCUGCUGAUUCUCGUUUAAUGGCAUUUAGAACGGCUGAAGAAAGUCUCAGAUUCUGGAUCAAGGGUAAAAAGUUUUCAAUCCAAGGUCUUUUGGGCAACAUUUCAUGCCCUAAUGCUUUCAUUGACGGAACCCUAGUGAUAUUUCGCUUGGCACCACAGGACUACCAUCGGUUCCAUUUUCCAGUAUCCGGAACUAUUGAGCAAAUUGUUGAUAUUCCCGGAUCCUUAUAUACGGUUAAUCCUAUCGCCGUGAAUAGCAAGUAUUGCAAUGUUUUCACGGAGAACAAACGGGCUGUAUCAGUUAUAUCUACUGCCGAUUUUGGCAAGGUGGCAUUUGUGGCAGUUGGAGCAACAAUGGUUGGCAGCAUCACAUUUACUAAAAAGACGGGAGACCAUGUGCGCAAAGGAGACGAGUUUGGUUAUUUCUCUUUCGGUGGAAGUACAGUCAUUUGUGUCUUUGAGAAGGACUCGAUAGCGCUAGAUGAGGACCUGUUGGCUAAAAGCGCGAGAUCUCUGGAGACACUUGUUUCUGUUGGAAUGCAGUUGGGGGUCUCCGUAAAGAAACAUACAGAACUUUCAUCACUAAACAUUAACUAAGGUCUGCAUAUUAUGACAUCUACACAAGGCCAUCCCCGAGAACUCGGGGCUGUGUGCGAGUUAUGAAAUGGGCUCUAAAAAUUGAACUUACAUAUAAAAGAAAUCAGUAAUAGAACGAUAAAGGUGAUAACAAUAUUUAAAACCAUACUAUUGUAGCAAAAUGAUCUAUUUUAAAUAGUUGCAUGAAUUAUGAGGCUCUCCUAACA